AUGGAUGGCAGUAAUUGCAAAGCUACUGCUCCUCUCCUAACUCAGAGGUACCGGAGGAUGGUCACCAAGGACGGCCACAGCACACUGCAAAUGGAUGGUGCCCAAAGAGGUCUUGUAUAUCUUCGAGAUGCUUGGGGAAUCCUAAUGGACAUGCGCUGGCGCUGGAUGAUGUUGGUCUUUUCUGCUUCUUUUGUUGUCCACUGGCUUGUCUUUGCAGUGCUCUGGUAUGUUCUAGCGGAGAUGAAUGGUGAUCUGGAACUAGAUCAUGAUGCCCCACCUGAAAACCACACUAUCUGUGUGAAGUACAUCACCAGUUUCACAGCUGCAUUCUCCUUCUCCCUGGAAACACAACUCACAAUUGGCUAUGGUACCAUGUUCCCCAGUGGUGACUGUCCAAGUGCAAUCGCCUUGCUUGCCAUACAAAUGCUACUAGGCCUCAUGCUAGAGGCUUUUAUCACAGGUGCCUUUGUGGCGAAGAUUGCCCGGCCGAAAAAUCGAGCUUUCUCAAUUCGCUUUACAGACUUAGCAGUAGUAGCUCACAUAGAUGGCAAACCUAAUCUAAUUUUCCAAGUGGCCAACACUCGACCUAGCCCUCUAACCAGUGUCCGGGUCUCCGCUGUACUCUAUCAGGAAAGAGAAAACGGUGAACUCUACCAGACCAGUGUGGACUUCCACCUCGAUGGCAUCAAUUCUGAGGAAUGUCCAUUCUUUAUCUUUCCACUAACCUACUAUCACUCCAUUAUACCAUCAAGUCCUCUGGCUACUCUGCUCCAGCAUGAAAAUCCUCCGCACUUUGAAUUAGUUGUAUUCCUCUCAGCAAUGCAGGAAGGGACUGGAGAAAUAUGCCAAAGGAGGACAUCCUACCUACCCUCCGAAAUCAUGUUACAUCACUGUUUUGCAUCUCUGUUGACCCGGGGUUCCAAAGGUGAAUACCAAAUCAAGAUGGAGAAUUUUGACAAGACUGUUCCUGAACUUCCUACUCCUGUGGUCUCCAAGAGCCCAAACAGGACUGACCUGGACAUCCGUAUCAAUGGACAAAGCAUGGACAAUUUUCAGAUCUCUGAAACAGGACUGACAGAAUAAGAUGUAUCCACGGCACCCUAUUUUUUA